CCGGAGUAGUGGGCAAGUGUCUCCACACACUCAAUUUUCCAUUGCAGGCGUCUCUUCAAUUCUUUCUCUUCCUGAUACCUCCUAAUUGGCCCACAAUGUCUGUCCGAGUGGUCGCAAGAAUCCGCCCGCUCCUCGACAAAGAAUUGGAUAAAGACACGAUUGUGCGUGCAGAAAGUGGCGGUGAUGGAAAGACUAUGAACAUUGUGCGGAUACCGAAUCCCAAGAACGAGGCAGAGGAGUUUAGUUUCUCGUUCAAUGGCGUUUAUGAUAUGGACACCACGCAAGAGGAGCUUUUCACGAACGAAGUUGCCCCCCAUCUGAAGUCUCUUUUCCAAGGUCUCGAUGUUACGAUCUUUGCAUACGGCGUUACAGGAACAGGGAAGACACAUACCAUGAGAGGUGGAUUGAAGCUGGCGGAGAGAGGCGUCAUUCCUCGACUGCUGAGUGGCAUAUAUCGACGUGGGAAGAAGAUCACGAAGGAUUCUGGAGGUGAGACUGAAGUCACAGUUACGCUCUCGUAUUACGAAAUAUACAACGACAAAGUUUACGACCUUUUCGAGCCACCAGAUAAGCGUUCUCUCGCGGGAUUACCUCUCCGGGAGAAGGACGGCAAGACAGUAGUCGUAGGUCUAUCGGAACGAGCUUGCGAUGACUUGAAGGACUUCGAGCGACUCUACAUCGAGGCGAAUAAUAAUCGGAGUACAGCAGGAACGAAGCUUAAUGCACAGAGCAGUCGGAGUCAUGCUAUUUUGAUGGUCAAGGUUAUUCAAACGAACGGGGAUGAGACUUUGAUUAGUACGGCUUCGGCGAUUGACCUGGCUGGUUCAGAGGACAAUCGGCGGACAGAGAAUAAUAAGGAGAGAUUGGUGGAGUCGGCGAGUAUUAAUAAGAGUUUAUUUGUGCUGAGCUCGUGUAUUGAUGCUAUUGGACGUGGGGAUAAGAGAAUCCCUUAUCGAGAGAGCAAGAUGACGAGAAUCCUUAGCCUAGGCCAGAACAACGGUAUCACUAUCAUGAUUUUGAAUUUAGCGCCGUUACGAUCUUAUCACCUAGACACUCUUUCGAGUCUCAACGUUAGCUCAAGGGCAAAGCGAAUAGAGGUCCGCGAGAUAGAGAACGAAGUCGUGUUUACACAACCCCCAAGAAAGACGGCGUCCAUCACGGGAACAUCAAUUCAGCGUCAACCACUGAGACCAUUAGCGAACGCUCACAAUACUCACGUAAAUGGAGCAUCUCAAAAGGGAGACAAGCCUGCAAAAGCAUUUUCGGUUUACUCUGAUAGAAGCAAGCCUUCGGGUCCACGUUCGUCUGGUACAGCACCGCAGUCUAUUCGACGAACAAAUUCAACUAACAAGAGACCCUCGGAUUCCAACCCUAACUCACGCCCCACGAAGAUGGCUCGGCCUAAUCCGACAGGAGUCCGAUCGAACGCAGAAUUAUCAGCCGCCAAGAUCGAGGAAAUGAUUGAGAAGAAGGUGCAAGAGGCUCUAGCACAUCGGGCCUUAGACCAGCCUGCACCAAAGCCGCCAACUGACAUCAGCGAAGCUGUUCAGCGGAGACUUGAAGCCUUGGAACGAAAGAUCGAGAGUGGCGAGGCCGAGGAAGCAAGAGCAGAAGGUCUCCGAUUCUUGCUGAUGGCCAAGCAACACAAGGAGCGAGGGGAAGACUCUAGCGCGUUGAAGAUGUACGAACUUGCCGUACCUUUCUUCCCCGGGCAAGAGAAGCUGCAGAAGAAGAUCGAGAACCUUCGAGCAAAGAUCCGAGCCAAGAGAGAAGAGGCCGCGAGAGCAUCCGCUUCAACUAUCGCAGAAAGCCGAAAAGCACCAGCCACCGCACCGAUCCCUCUCCCUUCACCACCAACAGCCUUCGAAGCGCCAGAAGAAGAUUGUGACUCGAAGCCCCGCCGAAAAGCAAAUGCCGACUCGGACGAUGAAUUCAACGGGUCCGCAGUCUUCCAACAAGAAGACUACGAAGAUGACGACAGCUUCUCCUACAAGUCUUCCAAAGCCAAAAAACACAAACCCUCCAAAUCAGCCACUAAAUCCUCACUCAAGAUCUUUGCUGAUGACACAGACGGAUCUCUCACUCCGAGAACGCGACAUCUUCUUGAUAUCGUGAAUUCGAGGGAUAUCGCGAUGAUUAAGGGGCUGAGUGGUGUUGGGGCGAAGAAGGCGAGGGAUUUAGUUGAGUUUUUGGAGUUGCAGAAUGAGGAUGAGGGCGGAAAUGUUAGGACUUUGCAGCAGUUGAUUAUGGUACCUGGUCUGGGGAAGAGGAGUGUGGAGAGAGCUUAUGAGGGGGUCAGUGCGUUGCUUGUUUGAUUAUGAAAGCUUAGCUAGUGUGUGGGGGGCAGAGAGGCGUUGCAUUGUUGGAGUUAUUGAGCAUUGAUUGGAUUAUUGGAGUCUAUCAGUUGUGAGCAGAGUUUCAGAGAGCAUGAAAGUUGGGCAGGGUUAUUGAAUACUAUGAUUGUAUCAUCAC